UUUUAGGAGCUGUUGGCGCAUAGGGAUUUCCUUCCCUGGAAUAAAUCUUCGUGACACACCAGCAACAGUGCGGGAAGACAAAGCAUGAAAACGACACAGGCCAUGCGAUAUGCCGUCCGUCUGAACUAUGGACAGGUUAACGAAGUGGCGGCAAAGUCCACGGAUCGUGCCACCACCAGGUCAGCGGCCCUACUGGCAGCGCUCGGCAUUGGCCUGUCUUCGUUCAGCAUGAAACAAAUGCUAACCAAACCGACGAAAAGGAAAUUGUAAGGACAAGUUUUAAAUUUUGCUAACCUUUCCCCUGCUCACAACUCCCGAAACAUCUGUGGAGUUCAAAUGAAAAAAUAAGUUAGCUGUGUACCGCUGCAUCGCACGAUACGAUUCGGGGAGAAGGAUACCAACCCUAAUGGAAUGAUGAAUAUUUCAUCCGUUUUGUAGAAUAUACCGGUUUGUUUUGCUUAUUGUUCAUGCUUAAGUUCUUCAAAUGUACACACCACGUAGCUGAUUUAAAAUAACAAACAUUUUCAACCAUUGUCCAUCGGUUUGGCAACUUACGGACAACGGUUUCUGUAUAGAGCAUAGUCUUGUCGAUAGCAGACCGCCCGUGAAUUGUGCAGCCCGUAGGCAAUAUAUUGAAAAUCUAUAUAGUUAAUGUGUGUUGCAAAGUUACACAAAACAAGCAACAAGCGUAGCAAAAGCUCCGAGACCGUUGGCCUUCGACCUUUCCAGUUUAAUUUGCGUAACUUUGCUGUUGGGUUAUAAUUUGCUUCAUGUCGUCACCUUGCCUAAGCCUGUUAUGUGAUGCUAGUAUAUGAUUGUCCCGCAGACUAUGUUUCAUAAUAUUGAAACCACAAUGGCUAACGAUAGAUACAUUGAUUGAUCGUGACUACCCGCGAAGUACUAAGAAACCAGUAAAGACUGCAACGCAAAGAGACGGAUGAAAUUCAUAGAGUACAUAUCGAAUAAUAUGCGAUGAAUAGCCUAUGUGCCGUACCAGUGCGAUGGAAUUAUGGAGUUAAGGAUGAUUACCUACUAAACAAAUUUAGACACUUAGGCAACAUAAAUGGGGCGGUCCGGUGGCCGAUGCGAUAACGUUGCCGGACUUCACACGGCAGGACCGGGGUUCAAAUCCCACCUGGACCGCCUCCUCGUACGUAGUGCUGACGACGUGUUGCCCGUGUUUGGUAAAGGUUAUUCAGUUUGACUGAAAAGGAAUGCAACUUUCCCAAAAAUAGAAAGCAAGUGAGUGGGCAAACCAUUUGGCGCGGUUUGAUUUCUUUACGAUGGGCCGGAUCUGGAGUGUGAUAGCUAGAAAGAUAAAUACACAUACAAACUAUGUCAAAGCUUCAAUA